AUGCCAUCGAGCUCCGACAAAGCAGAUGUAUUCCCAGACUCUCUAGAUGAGCACUUGAACCCACUCACUCAGUUUUUCACCUCGGAUCUCGACAAGGAGAUCCUCGCGUCCAUCCCCAAGGAUGCUCCCAAUGUUAACUGGUGCCGCCGCACAAAGCCUUCCGGGAAGGUCAAGGUGUUUGCAAAAGGUGUGGAGAGUGGUGAAACAGCCCGCGCAGCUGCAGCAGACCGAUUCGGUCGACAACCUCCCUCUGGUCACAACUGUCGGCGGUGCCAGUCUGGUGGCGCCAGUCCCUUUGCCCGGUGCAAAGUUGCAGUGACUGUGUCGGGCCAACUGCUGUUCAAGGGCAAUUGUCUGAGCUGCGCCUUCCACGGUCUUCAGUGCAGCAAUAGUAAGUGGCUUAUUCUGAGCUCCUCCGGAUUUGGUUCUAAUGGCCUUGGAAAAUCAUUGACGACCCCCAAGCCCGACACGAAGAAGCUGAAAGCUACCGAUAGUGGCACCGCCGAUGCUUCACUUCUCUCCAACUCUAUUCUUACCCCUAUUCAGCCGGGCUCGAAACGCCCGCCUGUGGACCUUGAGUUGUACCACUCCCCCACGGAACACGAGGCCCACCGCGAUGACCUAGUGAAGGCUCGCGAUACCCACCAGAAGAUCCUAGAUGUCUGCAAGAGGGCUCAGUGGGAUGCCUACAAAUUCGAAAAGCGCAUUCGACAGCUUGAGGCCCAGACAGCAAAGAGCCCGAUUCAAAAUGCGUGGGAUGAAUCGGACCAGGAGAUCGAGUGA